AUGGCUCGUCCAAAGAGAGGGGUUAGGUUCCCCAAUCGCAACGGCUCUGAUGGACGAAGAUCAAGCUUCAGCAGCGAGGAUGGUGGCUCUCCCACCAAGCUCAAGUCCCAAUCCUCGGGACAGCUGGAAACAGUGGACGAGCCCUCACAGAAGCAGCCAGCAGUUAGCGAAAAGCAAGCCGAGUACGAAAAGAAAAAGGCCAACUUCAUAACGCGCACUUUCUGGACCUUUGUCAUGUUUGCGCUCUUCUUCGCCGCGCUCUUCAUGGGCCACAUCUACAUCAUCUGCAUCAUCACCGCUGUCCAGAUCGUCUCCUUCAAAGAAGUCAUCGCCAUUGCCAAUGUUCCCAGCCGUGCCCGCUCCCUACGAUCUACUAAGAGUCUCAACUGGUACUGGCUGGCGACUACCAUGUACUUCCUCUAUGGCGAGACGGUCAUCUACUACUUCAAGCAUAUCAUUCUGGUUGACAAGGUCCUGUUACCUCUGGCCACUCACCACCGCUUCAUCAGCUUCAUUCUCUAUGUGUUCGGCUUCGUCUUCUUUGUCACAUCUCUCCAAGCUGGACACUACAAGUUUCAGUUCACCAACUUUGCCUGGACACACAUGGCUCUGUACCUCAUUGUGGUCCAGGCUCAUUUCAUCAUGAACAAUGUCUUUGAGGGCAUGAUCUGGUUCUUCCUGCCCGCUGCUCUGGUCAUCACCAACGAUAUCUUUGCUUACAUCUGCGGUAUCCUUUUCGGACGCACCCAGCUCAUCAAACUGUCUCCCAAGAAGACCGUCGAGGGUUUCGUCGGUGCUUGGAUCAUGACCAUCAUUUUCGCCAUGCUCCUCUCCAGCAUCAUGAUGCGAUCCAAGUAUUUCAUCUGCCCUGUUAACGACUUGGGCGCCAACAUCUUCACUGGUCUUCAGUGUGACCCCAACCCGGUCUUCCUUCCCAAGACCUACGAGCUACCCGAGUUGUUCUUCCUCCCCGAUACUGCGAACUUCUCCGUUACUAUUGCUCCCAUGCAGAUUCAUGCCCUCAACUUGGCUACCUUUGCCUCUCUGAUCGCUCCCUUUGGCGGAUUCUUCGCUUCAGGUCUCAAGCGCACUUUCAAGAUCAAGGACUUCGGCGACUCUAUCCCCGGACACGGAGGUAUCACUGACCGCAUGGACUGCCAGUUCAUCAUGGGUUUCUUCGCUUACAUGUACUUCCACACCUUCAUUGCCAUCCACAAGGUCAGCCUUGGCAGCGUUCUGGAGACCGCAAUCACCAGCCUCAACCCCGAUGAGCAACUCGAGCUCGUCAAGGGAAUGGGCCAUUAUCUCCGAAACCAAGGCAUCCUAGCUGAAGACGUAAGUGCCUGCUUCUAA